CUGGCAGUAAUGUACCAUAACGUUGGAUGCCAACUACUAAUAAUCCCCACCGAAGAAGAAGUUGUGUCACUUCACUUGCUUGUGUCGACAUCUAACGUUAGCUAUGUGUUAUUUAAUGUAAUGACAUUUACAUGACCAUACUUUUUACUCGCUAUAUCCAGACAGAGCUCCAGUCCCUGCGUUUACAGAGCUCCCACUCCCCUCGGCCCCCUUUUAACUCCACCCCACCCUGAUGAAGACAGCACGGGAAGCAGACCUGGAAGAGGAGUCUUUACAGGAGAAUGGGGUUAUCAAGACCACCCAGGACCAGCACAGCUCCAUCUCUCCGCCAGCCUCAACAGUGUCUGGGGUCCCGGACGAUGAGCCCUUCUCUACAUACUUUGAGGAGAAGGUGCCAAUUCCAGAGGAUGUCACCCAGAUGUUCAGUUUCCGUAAACUCUGGGCCUUUACGGGACCUGGUUUCUUGAUGAGCAUCGCCUAUCUGGACCCAGGGAACAUCGAGUCUGAUCUACAGUCUGGAGCCAAAGCUGGCUUUAAGCUCCUGUGGGUAUUGUUAGGAGCCACCAUCAUCGGCCUCCUCUUGCAGAGGUUGGCUGCACGCCUGGGGGUUGUCACAGGGAUGCACCUAGCAGAGGUCUGCAACCGCCAGUACCCUACUGUUCCUCGUAUUAUCCUGUGGCUGAUGGUGGAGCUGGCCAUCAUUGGCUCAGACAUGCAGGAGGUCAUUGGCUGUGCCAUUGCCUUCAACCUCCUCUCUGUUGGCAGGAUUCCACUUUGGGGAGGUGUCCUUAUCACAAUCAUUGACACCUUUGUGUUCCUCUUUCUAGAUAAAUAUGGCCUGAGAAAACUUGAAGCCUUCUUUGGGUUUCUCAUCACAAUCAUGGCUGUAAGCUUUGGGUAUGAGUAUGUGAUGGUGCGUCCGGACCAGGGGGAGCUGCUGAAGGGGAUGUUUCUGCCGUACUGUGAGGGCUGUGGUCCUGCCCAGAUGGAGCAGGCUGUGGGCAUCGUAGGAGCCGUCAUCAUGCCCCACAACAUCUACCUGCACUCAGCUCUCGUCAAGUCUCGGUCAAUAGAUCGUGGGAACAAGAAGGAGGUGAAGGAGGCCAACAAAUACUACUUCAUCGAGUCGACUAUCGCUCUCUUCAUCUCCUUCCUCAUCAACGUCUUCGUUGUAGCAGUGUUUGCCGAGGCCUUCUACGAGAAAACCAACAUUGAAGUGAAUGCAAUGUGCAAUGCAUCAGGCAGUCCACACACAGACCUCUUCCCCCUGGACAACAGCAGGCUACAGGUGGACAUCUACAAGGGAGGGGUAGUGCUGGGUUGUUUCUUUGGCCCUGUGGCCCUCUACAUCUGGGCCAUCGGGAUCCUUGCUGCCGGACAGAGCUCUACCAUGACUGGCACUUACUCUGGCCAGUUUGUCAUGGAGGGUUUCUUGAAUCUGCGUUGGUCCCGUUUUGCACGGGUGCUUCUCACCCGCUCCAUCGCCAUCUUCCCCACCCUGCUGGUGGCCAUCUUCCAGGACGUGCAGCACCUGACGGGCAUGAACGACUUCCUCAACGUGCUGCAGAGCAUGCAGCUUCCGUUUGCUCUGAUCCCCAUCCUGACCUUCACCAGCCUGACAUCCAUCAUGAAUGACUUCGCUAAUGGACUGGUGUGGAAGAUAGGCGGAGGGGUGGUCAUCCUGGUGGUCUGUGCCAUCAACAUGCACUUUGUGGUGGUUUACGUGACCAGCCUAAGCAGUGUGGCUCUCUAUGUGCUGGCGGGCUUGCUUUGUAUAGCGUACCUAUGCUUUGUGGGCUACCUGGCGUGGCAUUGUCUGAUAGCCCUGGGGGUCUCCUGUCUGGACGUGUCCUGUCUGGCCAGCAGGAUGCUGACGGGCCACAAUGACAUUUACCUGCUGAAGGACAUGGACAGCGACACGAUGGUGGAGAGAUUAGAAGAAGAACACGUUGGAGGAGUGGUUAUUAGCAGUGAUACAGUCCGUAGCUAGAGAGAAUUCACAGGGGUGACCUAACAUGGAGGAUGCAGUGCGCCUCCUGUGCCUUAGUGCCAGCCAGACCUUCGUAAAUGCCCAUCCUCAUCAUCUGACCCUUACAAGAAGCCUUGAACCCCUCACUUGACAUUCCACUGGGCAGGUAGCCUAACUAUGAUUGGCAUUAUAUGAAGGUUAGGCCUAUUAUCAAGUUUACCCUAAUGAGUUGUUGGUUUUUAUCAUGUCGAGCAUGCUUGAUCAACGUGGCACUAUAAAAAUUCUGCAAAUGAGCCGUCUUUUUCACGGGACAGCAUUGUUAUGACUUUGAAAAGCUGUGAUCAUUUUAUAUGGGAAAUACACUGUGUGUAGUGAGUUGGUUACAAAAAAGGCAAUUGCCACCAAUUUAUAUGCAUGUACGUUGUAGAAUUGUUUUAUUUAUGAACACACAGAGAACUUCAUUUUCGUAAGACUUUAUCAGAGCAAGCACUUAAAGGGCCAAUUCACAGUUGCUACAUCCGUUUUUGAGCAUAUAAAUUAAUGAUAUACACUGAGUAUGCAAAAUAUUAGGAAGACCUCCCCACAACCCCUUUUGCCCUCAGAACAGACUCAAUUUGUCGGGGCAUGGACAGGAAUGCUGGUACAUGUUGACUCCAAUGCUUCCCACAGUUGUCAAGAUGUCCUUUGGUUUGUGGACCAUUCUUGAUACAUACGGGAAACUGUUGAGCGUGAAAAACCCAGCAGCGCUGCAGUUCUUGACAGAAACCGGUGCGCCUGGCACCUACUACCAUAUCCCGUUCAAAGGCACUUGAAUCUUUUGUCUUGGAUUUAACAAGUGACAUCAAUAAGAUAUCAUAGCUUUCACCUGGAUUUACCUGCUCAGUCUUUCAUGGAAAGAGCAGGUGUUCUUAAUAUUUUGUAUACUCAUUGUAUAUCAAUUGUUUCUUGAAGAAUAUUACUUAGAAAUGCCUCAUGACCAUAGUUCAGUCGUACCCCAUCAGAACCCAGUACACCAAAUCUUGGAGGGUCAGUCCUUGCAUACAUAGCACGGUCUAUUAAUUUAAGUGGUUACAUUUCUCCAGGCCCAUCCCUCAGCUUUUUAUCAAAACAGAGGUGGGGUGUCUGCUUUGUUUUAUUGUUUCAAGUGUGGAUUGGCCCUUUAAGAACAACUUCCUAACCCAGUUGCUCUGGCACUUGCAAUUAUAACUCCCCAGGGCUCCCGAGUGGCGCAGCGGUCUAAGGCACUGCAUCUCAGUGCAAGAGGCAUCACUACAGUCCCUGGUACGAAUCCAGGCUGGAUUUGUAUUUUAUUUAUUUAAAAAAGAAGGUAUGCACCCACUGCCCUGCUCAAACUGGGGCAGGGGUGUUCAAAAUAAUUCUACAUUUUAUUUAUAAAACACAAUUUAUCACACUCAAGGUGCUAAUAGAUAAAUAUUUUAGAUGUAGUCAUUUAAAAUGUUCUACAAAUGUCCUGCUAUUUUGGUCAUUCCCUCCAAAGCACCCCAGUAAAACUAAAGCUUUGGCUUUACAGUGAAAGGCAUAAAAGCAGCCCACAUGCCCAAAUGAUCCCAUUUCCUUCAAAUCAUUUCUCAGGGAAAAUGUUAAUGUGAUACUAACAAUUGUACUGACCUCUUUCUGUGAAUUCAGUGUUUUUGUUAGUACAAAACUCUACCCAUUGAAAUUCUGUUGAAGUUUAAAUUCGUACCCAAAGCCCAAUAUAAUGAAAGAUGCAGGCCUUUUCUGCUUCUUGACGCAGUCUAUGAAGUCAGAGGUGUCACUGCUAAAUACAGCUCCUGAUGACCAUUGUAGAAUUUACAUAGAUCUACACUCAAAAUGUCAGUCUAUAAAUAUAUCAUAAAUAGAACGUCUCUGCAUGUGCAUGAUCACACCACUUUAGUGAAGUCAUUACCAUGGAUUGUUUUAAUUAUGAAAUCUUCAAACAGAAGUCAUUCACUUGUAUGGUUUACAUAUGACAUUUAUUUUUAAUGUGGAAUUUUAUGUACUGUAAAGCCAGUAUUUGUAUUUGGUCAAUUUAACAAUCGCAUAGAUAUAUUGACUUUAUUUUUAUAUAUCUUUUUCAAAGGAAACUAAAGUAUCAACAGUUUGUGGCUGUUAAGUUUCGCUGGUACCAUACAUUUUCGAUGAAUAAAAAUAUUUGUACAAAAUAA